CUCUAUGCUCAUCGCAAAAGGCGCCCUCUGUAAGUAAAUCUUGCGGAGCACGAGACUGUAUCACGCGCGUACAGGCCAGUUCGUCGAACAAGUAACACGAGUUCACACUAUGACGUUGGUUCAGCUGCUGUGUAUGACGUCACUGUUGGGGGUGAUCCAGACUGUAAAAAUACAUUCUUACAAUGUCGCCCUCCUCGACCUUGUAGACCAUUACGAAGAACGGAAACCAAGCGUUAUCCAGACGCUGACAACUGGGGAUUAUGACGUCAUGUGCAUUCAAGAGGUGUGGUACGGCAGCGAUGUCGCCGAGAUAAGGAAGACAGUAGGCAGUAGUGUUUUUGUGUACACACCGCCUCUGUUUCAGGAAACGGUGUUAUGGAAUUGGGUAAAUGUUCCUCCAUGUCAUAAUGCAGCACUGACUGUCGCGUGUAUAUUUUACAACUGCGCAUCCCUGACGAACAAGGCAGCGCUCACGAACUGUUCUGUUGGGUGUGGUAUGAUGUCAGAGAGCCAGGCAUGUAUUUCCUGUCUCACCGUUUCCGGUAAGGGUGCGCUUCGUUGCUUUGACUACAGGAAGCGAGAGGCGAUGAAUGUCCCGGGAGUGAUGCUUCUGAGUCAGAGGAAGGUGAACUCUGUCAAAUCUGUGUUCUUUGAACCGAAUGUAAAACAGAUCUUAAGACGGGCGUUUAUCGAAGCAGAGAUUGAAGGCGUGGGGACUGUCAUCUGUAGCCAUACUGCUUCUAACAUAGGCCAGGAAUACUACGAGCCAAACCUCCUGAAUGUGUACUCCAGCUGGGAGGAACAAAACCUCGCGGAUUCUCGUAAGCUGACGGCAGCAGCACGAAGGUCGAACAAACCGCUGAUCAUGGGAGAUCUUAAUACUAGUCCCGGGAUACCAGCCUUCAAUGUCAUCGCCGAUUUCGAGGGUGCCUACAAUCAUUUCCUGUCAGAGGGAUUUGCGUCGCCUUACGUCACCAUGGUAGGGCUAUGUACUUACUGUGUCCAAAAUCCUCUCAGAAGUGGCUGGAAUUACAGUCACGUGCUAGAUCACAUAUUCGUACGAGAUCAUACAGUCCUGAGUGCUAAGCGGAUAUAUGUGGAAAACAUCCCUCUUCAAGAUUUCCCGAGGUCGGAUCAUUACGGAAUUGAAGUGGAAGUCGGAAACUGAUUACCAGAACGAGGUUGAUUGUGAUAAAGUAACUUCCGCUUAUGAUGGAAAUGUAAUUUAAUAUAUAUAUAUUACAUACAUGUAAGUUUAUAGAGAAUAUUAUACCUUUAUAUAUUGACGGGUACAAAUACAUUAUCAUACUUUACAAUAAUUGAGAACAUUAUCAUUAAAUAAUUAUAUCUAUUUAUUGUUAUAUCUGGAAUUAAAACUUUUGCAUAUUUGACACAUCAAUGACGUUUGUUGUUGUUUUGAAAUCAGGCCUUGCUGGACGUAUUCUAUAGUACGUAUGCAUUAUUAUUCUGUCUGCAUAACUAUUCUUCCGCGAAUAAAUGAGUUCCCG